AUGCUCAGAAAUGCUGCACUUGUUCUGUUAGCAGUUUGCAGCGGCCAUUUCAAAGGGAUCAUCACAAAGACGAGAAAGAGAGAGAGAAAGAGAGAGAGAGGGGGAGAUCAGGAAGAAGCAGCUAUUCUCAAGAUGCUGGCAGCCUGCCUCCUGAGAAGAGUUGUCCUUACAGUUCCUUUAGCUUUUCUGGUUGCACUGCUCUUCACGGAGCCUGCUAGAGCUGAUCAAGAAGCAGGAACAGCCAUACCAGCUGAAAGCCGUCCCUGUGUCGAUUGCCAUGCAUUUGAGUUCAUGCAGAGGGCUCUGCAGGAUUUAAAGAGGACAGCAUAUAAUCUAGACACACGGACAGAAACACUGCUUCUUCAGGUGGAAAAAAGAAAUCUGUGUGACUGUGUAACUGCAAACCUGCUAAACUGAAUCCUGGAGGCCAGCCAAGGAGUGUCACCUGUUCAGCGAUCUUUAAAAAGCAGCUGUAUAAAAUACAGCUUUAUGGAGUUAAUUUUGCAAGCAUGUAUGCCCAAUGUACAGAGGAAAUUGCGGGGGGGUGUCUUACGUGUUUGUUUCUUCUGUUUCUUUCUUUUUUUUUUUAAUGGUCUUCUCUUUUCACAUCCACUGAGUUGCCAGUAAAGGCUCAGUUCAGUAAAUCUGUUACUUGGUAUUAGAAUAGGGAAAAAUCUACUUGCUUUGAUUUUUAAGUCAGAGUUGGCCAAGUGUAACCCACAGGAUAAAUAUGGCCAGCACUGUUACAGAGAUGCUUGCAGCUGAUUUUUGUCUCUAAUGUCAAUGUUUCUCUGUGGCAACUUACCCAAUUAUACAGCGAAAGGGCCUUGUGGUCCCUGUCAGUUUUGCCUCUUUGUCAAAAAUUAUGGAAGUCCUUUUUGCUUGUUAUGUGCACUGUGACCACAUUCAGACAUGAUGCAGUUCUGUCAGCUGUAAUGAGGUAUGUGUCCUGAGGAGGUUCAUGUGCUGUACUUGGACCAAAGUGGCCUAUAUCCUAGUGUGGAGUCUUCUGGUAUCCUGGGUAAGAGUAUUGUCUUUUUAAUUAAAACUUUGCAUUUCUUCUUCUCGUCCUCCUGGACAGUCCACUCUAAAACCACCGUAUCUAUAAACAGCUCUACCUUAGCAAGUUAAAUGGGUUGAAUAGAAAAGCAGAAAAAGGAGAAUAAGACCAUGACUAGGCAGCCUUGCCAGUUCCAGCUCUACCAAGAUGUUACCACCAGCAGCUGCUCAGGACCACAAUGCAGAAGGUUACAGACUCCAUGUGUUGCCAAGGAGCUUCUUCAUGUGAGUGUUCUUUACUUCAGGUGAAACACAGUGGUUAGGUCAGUCAUAUUUUGUUCAUUCUGUGAUAUUGUAAGGACUAAACUGUGAACUUCUGAAUCUCUCCUUGUAAUUUUCUUUGGAAGCAGCUCUUUUAUUUCAGGCAAGAAGAAAGACUUGGGCACCUGAAAGCUGAGGUGAUUUUUUCCUCAACACUAUCAUUUUGUUCUAAGGUACUCUGCCCACCUACAAGUCUGAAAGAGGUUGAACAGUUUGAGUAGAUGCUCUUGAGUUUGUUUGAUGUGAUUUAGAGCCUUCUCAAACCAGUCCAACAGUGAGGCUGCAUGGUGCUAGCUAAAUGCCAUGGGGAGUGGAAGACAGCUGGGCAUCUGAAGGUCAAAAUCUAUUCAGCUGAAUUUAGGAGAAUUUAGGUGCCUGUCUGCAGCCUCACCUCCCUAACUAAAAUGGCAGGACUUUGCUGGAAGAGAAUUAGGAGUCACAGGAACUGCUCUGGCAGUGCAGCUGUAGGUGUGGUACAAACAAUUGGCAGAGUAGGGGAACACAGUAGACUGCCUGAAUGAUUUGCAAAAUGAACAUCUGUCCACAGUUAAACCAGGUUUGGAAAAACGAUUUCUGCACACUGAAAAGUCCAGGAUACCCUUCUGGAUAGGAUCAAGAUAAUAAGCCAGCAGAGAAAUUUAUUGCAAAUGGAAGAGGAAGGAAUUCUGUUGGUUUGGGUUUUUUUUAAUCUCUUCCUGAAGCACCUGUGCUGUGUAUAUUUUUCACUAAGUCUUUUCAUACCCCACAGAAGCAUUGGCACCAGUCAUAUCUGACUGCUGUGCAAAACAAGAGUAACUGCCAGCCCCAGCUGAAGCUCCACUCCCAGUGGGAGACGGCUGUGGGGAUUUGAUAAACUUCUUGGAGCAAGGCCUCCUUUAGAUGGCUUUAUCCCAAUCUUGAUUGUAGUGGAAUGGCUCUUCAGAGCUUCUUGACUAUUGCUGCAGUUGGGUCUUCCCUUCUUGUUCUAGAUUGGCUGUCCUUUCCACUGCUACUUUAAUUCCCUCUUCUGAUCUGGCAUUGCCUUCUCUCCAGGUCCAGGGAUUUCUUAGUAAACUCCUUCCCUCCAUUCUGACUCUGCAAGCCUGAAUGUUGGGGCUGAUACUGCUCAGGUCAGCAGCUGUACUGCAGGAUCAGAUGAUCUCCAGAGGUCACUUCCAACAUUACUGAUUCUAAGAUUCUCUGAUAAGCGUGUGGCUCUCCCACUUAACAGUGGAGUUAGCAAACAUGGUGCUGAGCAACACUGGUUCAGUUCCUGCCAAUGACCUUAAGUGAGGACCUUUUUUACUUGAGAAAUCAAGGGUCACACUGCAGAACUCAGAAGGUGUUCCAGAAGAUUGCAGGUGGUGAAAACUCUGCUCCAAAAGCUGAGUCCAUCAGUGGACUGUCCACUAGCCUGCUGAAAACUUACCAGCUUGUUAUGGGUGUGGAUAGGAACCCAACCACAGGCAACUCCUGCUUUCUGUGUCUGCACAGACAUCUGCAUGACAAAAGAAAAUCUGACCAUGUGGAAACAUUAAUCUUCAGUCAUUUUGCAUUCUGAUUCUCACUGCCAGAACUGGGGUAGUGAGCCUCGGGACAUGAUAGAUGUCAGCCCAAGAGAAAGCAGCAGGGAAAUCAAGGAGGGGAGUAAAUUGGGAAUAGCUUCUCUCAUUCUCUUGUUUAGGACCUAAAAAAUUAGAGAUUCCUUCCUUCCUGCAGAAGAUCCAUCAGAACCAAGAAUUUCCAUUAGGACUUGCUUUGUGCUCCUUUAGAGUCCACCUUGCCUAUUUUUCUUUAGUUGAAUGACUUCUCACUGUCACUUUUUUUUGUUUAAAACCACCAUAAUAGCAGGAGAGUGGAAGAUGGCUAAUAUAGCACAAACUCUAAAAAGAAUUGCUGAGAAGAUCUGGGAAAUAUAGACCAGCAGCCAGAAUAUCAGUUCUGGGCAAAUGAAGAGAAACUUUUGAAGAUCUUAAUUUGUAUGCCCAGAUCUAAUGUGACAUAGUGACAACAGUAAUGACCAUUUUUAUAGAGCAAAAGAAUACAGUAGAACUAGACAACGUGCAGACAAAAGCAACUAGAAUAAUCCAAAGUAAUGUGCAAAGAACAGACUAUGAGUCUUCAGUUUGAAAAAGAGAUGACUGAACAAGGAGAUGAUGGAGGUUUUUAAAAUCAUGAGUGAUCAGAGAAUGAUUGUUUGCUGUCCUCUCCCAAACAAGAACUGGUGUGCAUCACCUGGAGGCAGGUUUAGAGCAAAUAGGAUGAUGAGACUCUUCACCUACUAUGUGUUCAAACUGGGAACUUCCCCACUGCAGGAUGUUGCUGGUGCUAAAAAUUUAUGUGGGGUUAAAAGACAGUUGUUCCAACUCAUGUCUGAAAAGUCUAUUGCAAACUGUUAAGUAUAAAAACAUCAGUUUUGUUUCAGGAAGUGCCUGAAACACAAGUUACUGCAGACUAAUAAUGUUGUAGGAAGAAACUGUAGCUACCCUGGUUUUAUACUUCUCCCUAGACCUUUCCUAUUAGUCACUGCCAAGGACAGGACACUGGCUUUUAAAGGACCUUUGGUGUGAUCUGAUACAAUUGUUCUUAUGUGUAGAAAUUAACCUCUUAAAUUUAUAAAGCAAGCCUUUUCCCUGUGCUUCAGAAAGCCAUUCCUUCUAAUCCCUUAGAAACAAGCACCUUUGCAAAGCCUCUGAAUUCUGGGUAUCCCCACUGCCUGAGCGGAGGCCAGUGGGCCUGCUUCUUCAGCCCAGUGCAGAGACUGCUCCACAGGCAGGAGAAAACACUCCUUUAUAAAGGGAAAGUAAUGGGACAUCAAACCCCAGUGACAUGCCUACUGCCAGUAAGCCUCACUGUGGCCAAGAAGGAGCUAUGCAAUUACUCAGAAAUUUGUGUCUCCUAUGUAGUGUACAAACUCAGUCCUGACCAGAGGAAGAUGACUGCUCUGCCUAGCUUUUACUCCUUGCUUCUGCUUCUGCCUUGGCUUUUGCUCAAGCCACUGCCUUGGCUGCAAGGUUACAGGCAUCUGUGCUGACUACUGGAUAUGAUGAUCAUCAUUCAUGUGCCAUAAUGAAAUCUUACAGCAGUGCACUCCUUAGUAGCACACUUGUGCAUGUCAAAAAUGUCAGAGGAUGAUUGUAUGCUGUUGUGCUCAUGGUGUUGCGCUCUUUCCCACUGAGCUGGGAAAAAUGUAUGUUCUUAUGUCUUUGGUGCGCCUGGCACUGUUUUGCCUCUUCUCCCUCUUCAUCUUCACAUGCAGUAUUUUCUCUGUCCUCUUCAAGCAUGGCAUAUUUUUAACAUGAAAAGAGGAAGUGCAAGGGCUAGAAAGGGUUUAUACGAACAGACUGACUUUCUGUUCCAGUUGUCCUUAAAACUCUGCCACUGUGCCUCCUGCAAGUGCAUUUUUUUUCCUCAAUAUCCAAAGGUCCCUGCUAAAUCCAAACUGUUGUUUUGUAUGUAUUUAACAGGGCCAUCAGAACAUGCACGUGGUCUUUUUACUAUAUGUUUUGUCCUGUUUUUCUUCCUGUACUGCAUUUUUUCAGUGGUCUCUUGCUUUGUGAGUGCACUGGAAGCUGCUUGGGGCAAAAAUCUUGUCGUGUUAAUAGCACUAGAAGUUGGCCAUCACACCUUCAACCAUUGUGAACUUAUUAAAUAAAAAUCAAUGUAAAAUAUGCCUGUCUGUUGCUCAAGUUUGAAACAUAAUAUUUGUUUUUAUAUAACAGAUGGAUACAGAAUGAAUCCAGGUUUUCAGUUUGAUCUCCGUGGAGAUAUCCCUUAAACUUCUUGCUCCAGCUUACUUUUUUGUCUUGAGCUUUGUAGAGAUGGGGAGUGGCAGAAAUAGUAUUUUCAUAGUCUCUUAGCUCUUGAAUUUUAAAAAGUAGUUUAAAACAUGAGAAAAAGACUUCCAGGUGGUGGAGGCCAUGAGAAAACAAAUAAAAAUAUAUGCAUUUAUUCUAUUUCUUAUGUUGAUCUGCUUUUGCUUGUCUUUCCUGGUAGUCAAGGUUGCAGACCUACAGGAGGAGUAGUUUGACAAUAAUAAUUAUAUAUUUACAUUAGUUUUCACUGUGAUUCUGGCUUUAUGAUAGAUAUGACAAAUGGGAUCUCUCUGAAUGCUUUUGAGAUACCCAAUACCAAAGAGUGUUUCCCACAACUUGAUCCUGUAUUUUCCAGGAUCAGAUUUUUGUCAUCAUUUGAUUUCUGCUCUGAACCAUGUACUUGUUGAAAACCUACAUAACACAUCAGUUUGUCUUCACUAGCCUUGAGCACAUUUUGUAGUUUAAAUCAAAGAAUGUGAUGCUGCACUUUCCUGGUCAUUUAAGUCCUGUUUG